AAAUAAAUAUAGUAAACAAAACCAAAUUAACGACGUAAACACGAAACAAUGUUAUGCCGAAAAUAAGUACCUAACUAAAAACUUAUUUCACGCAAUAUAUCAUAACAUUUUAUCAGUUUAGAGUUUAAUUGUUAAAUAAAUAAUAUACAUGACUUUACAAAAUGAAUACCACUGAUAUCUGCCGCGUUUGCAUGGAGGAUGAUUGUGAUACUUUCAAAUCGCUGUUCAAUUCAAUUCCAAAUUUUUCGGUAGUUCCUUCUGUGAUUAUCGUCGAAUGCACUGGAAUAUCGGUCAGCAAAGAUGAUGGUUUGCCGGAAGUUGUAUGUACGGAGUGUUUAGAUGCCCUGCAGGGUGCGUACAAGAUUCGCGAAAAGUGUCGAAAAACUGACCGGAAAUUGCGCAAAAUUUUGAACCUAGCCAAUAAAUGCCAGACCAGUUCGACUGCGGUCAGUAAUACUGGUUAUAAGGGGGAUUGUGAAGCUGUCGUCAAUCAAAUCGACGUCCAGCAAGAGCCCUUGCCAAUAGAAACAAUUGCUUUAGAAAUUCCGAUGCUAGUUAUCAAGUCGGAGGUAAUCCCAGUAACUCCCGAAAGUGCGUCAGAGAAGGAUGAAGCUUCUUCGAAUUUGGAUCUGAAUACAGAAUCUAUUACUCCGUCUGAUUCAGUUAAUGAAUAUAAGACCAGCAUUCCGGAACCCUUGCCAAAAUCUCAGAACGAUUCGAAUAAUGUUGAAUUGAACGAGAUUCUAUUGAAGCAGGAAGAAACUCAAGAUGUGCCCAAUUACGAAACGGAAUAUCUGGUUGAAGAUGUAAAAGUGUCCACUGACCUUCCAGAAAACAGUAACAUUUUUAUAACACCUUCAGUAGUGGACGAGCAAGGAGAUGUUAAUCCUGAUGAAGAACCCCAACUUACACAUAUAGAUGAUUGCGAACCGCAUGAAGAAUGUGGAUCAGAGAAUAUGGAAGUGGAAGCUCUUGAAGAGCUAGAAUACGAAGAGUUCGAAGCAAUUGAUGAGGAGUUUGAAACAGAAGAAACCUUAGAAGCUCCUGAUGCUGCCAUAUGCUGUGGUUGCCCAAUGGAAUUUUCCUCUAAAACUGAGCUCGAAGAGCACUCCAAGCUCGUCCACUUACCCGAAAGAGCAAAGCACUCUGAUACUUUGCAGGCUUGGCACAUGUGCGACGUUUGCCACAAACCGCAUAGUUCUGCCAAAGCCCUCAACUAUCACAAAAGGGCUCGAGUCAGCCGAAGGAUGCGUACUUGUGCCGGAUGCCAACUUGUGCUGAACAGCGUCCGUAGGAAAAAGUACCACGAGCAGCUGCAUCGAUUGUUGCCGGAGAAUUUCACAGUGCAUUGUUGUGGGUGUGAUCAAGUGGUUCUAUUCAAACAGUUGGGAGCACAUGCGGAGCAAAUACAUCAUAAUGAGGCGCUGAAUGUUUUGAAGUCACCAACAGCAUCAAAAUUCGUCUGUGAAGUCUGUUUUCUAGAUUGCGGUUUCAAGCAACGCCUCGACAACCACCAAGCGAAACAGGAGAUACCAGAAAUUGUCCUUCAAAAGCCAACCCCACUGGAAGAUGAUUUUUCUGCACCCGUUGUUGAUUUUGAUGGUAAACAGCGCUUCGUUUGCGAUAUUUGUGAGAAAAAUUUCUCCACCAAAGGCAAUCUGAAAGCUCAUCGCUCCCUCCACAUCACUUCUAAAAAACCAUUCAAAUGUGAUCUGUGUAACAAGGCAUUUUCGAAAAAAUGCAACUACAAGGUGCACAUGCUUCGGAUACACUCGACGGAGAAUCAGUUCCCCUGUCCCGAAUGCGACAAAGAAUUCAAAUGUGCGUCAAAUCUGAAGACACAUAUGCGCGUCCACACCAAGGAAAAGCCUUACCUGUGUGACUUCUGUCCGAAGGCAUUCGGAUAUUUGUCCGACAAACGGCGGCAUGAAGUUGGUCACUCGGGAAACUAUCCAUUCAAAUGUGAUCUUUGUGGGAAACCUUAUUCGCGAAAAACGUUGCUUAAUAAGCACAAGAACAAUUGUAUGAUCCGGAUGAGCAGAAAGUCGCAGAUAACUGGAACUAAAGACGAAAUUAUGCCAGAAGUCAGCGACCUACCGAAUGAAAGUGCUGCUGCCAGGGACUUGGAACCCAACGGACCAGCACAUGAAUGUGAUCUAUGUGAAGACUGGUUUUCGACGAUGGAAGAAUUGGCGGAUCACCACGCGAGUGUGCAUAUUCAGACGCUGGACGAGGGUAGUUACGAUGCCGAAGUGGAAAUAGACAUCGACCACGUUCACCGGCAAGUCCAUCAGCCGUACCAUCUGGCAGCACGCCGCCCUAAUCGGCCUGCCGAGCAUUGACCACGUUCUCCGGCAAGUCCAUCAGCCGCACCAUCCGGCAGCACGCCGCCCUAAUCGGCCUGCCGACCAUCGACCCAGCUCCCUGGCAAGUCCAUCAGUCGCACCAUCCAGCAGGACGCCGCUCUAAUCGGCCUGCCGACCCUCGACCAAGAUCCCCGGCAAGUCCAUCAGCCGCAUCCGGCAGCACGACGUCCUAAUCGGCCUGCUGACCAUUUUCCCCGAUCCCCGGCAAGCUCAUCAGCCGCACCAUUCGGCAGCACGCCGUCCUAAGCGGCCUGCCAACCAGCGACCACCUUAGCCGGCACACCACCGUACGAAAUCGGCCCUACAACGAUCCCCGGCAAGUCCAUCAGGCGAACCAUCCGGCAGCCCGUCGUCCUAAUACGCCUGCCUACCUUCGACCACCCUCGCCGGUUCACCGCCGUUGGAAUCGGCCCCAGCGCGAUCUCCGGCAAGUUCAUUCACCGAACCAUCCGGCACUCCGCCAUCUAAAUCAGCUGGCCAAGAUCAGCGAUCACCAUCUCCGGCACCUUGCCGAAGGAACCGUCUACAGAAAAGGCCUCAUCGACCCUCGCCGCGAAUCAGCAAUGCUAGCCAACGAGACAGCAAGUCACAA